AUGUCGGACUACGUUCCGCUGGCAGCCCAGGCGCGGGUGAACCUGACCGGUGACGCCACAACGCCGGCCGGCGUCCGCCCCACCACCAUUCCGGCAGUGACGCGGCGUCUGAUUUACUAUCUAGAUGCGUUGGCUAAAAUUCCCGUCGACCCUGACAUUCCGCCGCCACCUAUAGGCGACCCCCAAAAGCGACGUCCUAGCCAGCUGGAGGAGGACUCUUCGUCUAGCGAUGAGGAGGAGGAACCCCAGCCCGGCCCGGGACCUAGACGCCAACGUCGGCCGCUCAAUCGAGCCGAGAGGGAUCGAAGAGAGAUAGAGGAGGCGUUGGCCGAGGACGAACUCGAGGAUAGGCUGUACGCGAGCGUCCCGCGAGGAGAGUUUACUGCGGCUGAGUUUGUGGUCGAGGAUCUGAAGAACAGCGACAUUGAAGUGCUGAUAGCCAAUGCCCUUCGCCACACGGAGACGCUCGAGGAAGGGUCGUCGCUGCGGCAGUACAUAUCAGCGCGAGAGACCCUCAUCGAGGCAAUGAGGAGUGAAGAGGGCAACACCGCCAUGCGCACGCAGCCGAUCAAGCCUUGCACGGUCAACAUGCUACUCGGUCGCAUCAAGGCCCUUCAGAUGGCGGCCAAGGUAGAGGCGACCCUGUACAAGGAGAAGGAGCAGCACAUCAUGCAGGACAUCUCGGUCGUCCGCACGGAAGUGCGCGUCAUGGUUCGCGGAAAGAACAAAGCCGACACCAACGUACGCGAGAUCACGCUCGCCGACAUCUUUCUGUACCGCCUUGCUAGCGGGUCGUCGGUGAACCCUGACAACCGGCCAAUGGUCAUGGUCAUCGCGCAGCGCAACUCGAAGACGUGCAAGGACGCCCGUCUUCAUCACAGCUACGCGGCGAGGGACUUAGAGGUGGAACUGUGUGCUGUGGGCGAUACAAUCCUCUGGCUGCACUUCAUCUACGACCAGGUCCCCCAGAUCUUCGGCGUCCCCAUAAUUCCGCCGCUGGACGUACGCCGACCGGAGCUCUGGUACGACAAGCAUCUCUUCUUUGCCCGCUACGACAAGGAUCAGGGUUUGCUGCUGUCGUCGAGCCAGCAACGAAUCACUCGGCAGCUGUGGACGGCCAACAAGGUUUUCAUCAAGCGCAACGUGCACGUCGCUCGCGCCGGCAGGGCAGAAGAGUUGGCUGACCAAGGCACGCCGCGCGCCGAGAUAGCCGAAUUGGGUCACUGGGCUAUUGACAAGAUGACGAGGAGUUACAUCACUUCAAUUCCAGUCAGGGUGGUGAUGAGGAAGGCCGGCUACUCCGGAGCCCGAAGCGACUACUUCCUGGGCCGCAACAGGCUACCUCCCAGCGCAGACCUCGAAAAAACCAUCGCCGCGCACAUAUUUCCUGGCGUCGAGGAACAGUUGGGGGCGGCGUGGGCGAAGGACAUCGAGAAGAUUGACACCGAGACGAUCGCCAAGCGCCGGUCGCCGAUCCCGACCCAGCCAGCUACGCUGGCCCACGAGAGGCACAAAGCGACGCUCAAGCAGAUGAAGGUGGAGAAGGAGCUCGAGGAGGCGCGUGAUGCUAUCGCAGCGAGGGACGCCGAGAUCUCCCGGCUCAUGGAGGAGCUCAAGAUCUCCGAGGCACGUAGGGCGCCAGCGCCACAGGCGCCUUCUAGGCCGACGACCCUGGAAGAGGAGGCAGCUGCGGCCGCUAAGCAAGCUCAGUUGGACGCCGACGCUCACUACGAGGCCCUGGUUGUCAACCCAUGGAGAAAGGCCGAGACUGUGGCAGAGGCCUGGCGCUUCUGGAACUGCCCCACCACCACGGACCGCCGACGUCUCUGCGACAGGAUCAACGAGCCAGGUUUCAUCGGGCGGCACAGCCUCCUGGGCAAGUCGUCGGCCAACGCAAAACGGGGUGAGAUGCGCCGAAUGAGGAGGGCGAUGGAGGCCGUGCGCCGCUUCCGCUCGUUAGACGGAGAGGCCGACACCGCCGCCGUCAUCAAGAAACUCGACGAGCUCGCUGCGUCGGGAAUUGUGACCUUCUGCGAUGCUCUGAAGAUCAUCGACGCCGACGCGCUUCCGAUACGCACGGAGGGGAACCUGGGCAUCAAGGGGCUUUCUAAGGGUGAAAAUCCCAAGCUGACGGUUGCUUGGGGACUGGUGGCGGCGGGAUACAUGACGGACAAGUGGGGCGAGGACAUGUUCCCGACCACGUGGGAAGAGCAGAAAGCUGUGGCGGCCCAAACGGCCGCGGAGCAGGCCGCUGCUAGACCGCCGCCGCUGCCGACGAAGACGUCCAAGCGUCGGAAGCCGGGCUGA